UUGAUAGCAAGAUGCAGACCCGAGGUCACCUAGUGGCUCUUCUGUCCCUCUUCUGCUGGGCAGGCGCUGAUGUCGUGUCCCGCUUUGAGGACGUGCCUGAAUGCCUGGAAUACUUCCACGAAGGCAUGGUUCCUAAAUGGGGGGCUAGCCCCCAAAAUGUGGCCCACCUCUGCCAAAGGUUUGGCAACAGGUACCACUUUGCUACGCUGUAUGACACCCACCACCGGAUCGCAGUGUACUCGGCCUACCUCUUCCAGGAUAGUAACGGAGGAGGCAGAGAGAAGCGCUGGUUUGUUGAGCCUCGGCUGGUGAACCCGUGCUGGCAGGCAGAGAUGAAGGACGGCUACUGGCUGGGGAAGGACUACCCAGGGGUGUACCAGGGGGAGAGACAGGCCCUGAACGAGGACUACACGCACUCUGGCUACGACCGGGGACACCUCAACCCUAACGGACACCAUGCAGUCCCUGGCCGUAACGCCACCUUCACCCUGACCAACGUGGUCCCCCAGAACCCCAAGCUGAACCAGAACGAGUGGAGGAUCCACGAGAGCCAGCUCACCGAGCUGUUCCGGGCCAGGUGCUCGCGGGCCUACGUGCUGGUGGGCGCUGUGCCCUCCGCCGACAACUGGAUUGUCAAGAACAACAUCAACCGCGUCAACAUCCCCGACUAUCUGUGGAACGCAUACUGCUGCGUGGACAACAACGGAAAAGCCAUCCAGAGCGGCGGCGCCUCCGCUAGGAACACGGAGGGCAACUGGGUGGAGAGGCACACUCUGGAUGAGCUGGACGAGUUCCUUCAGCAGUUCACCAACCAGCCAGUAGGGGAGCUGUUUCACAACAACUGCAGAUGAUUUAUAUUUUUUUACUGACCCAAUGAAAGGGUUUCGCUAUUGGCUCAAAUUGGUUGCAUGUAAUACCGCUUGCCAUAGUUAGUGAUUACUAUGGAAAAUAUCCCAGCAUGGACGGCGUGGUUUGUCUUCUCUGAAACAUUAUCAAUGUUCAUCAAACGUAAGAAAUAUGUUUGCACCUUGUAUAUUUGGUCAAUUUUUGUUUGCACACAAAAGCUAAUAUUUUAAUAUUAGAUGUAUUAAAUGAGUUGUGCAAAUGGAUAUAACCCCAAUGAUGAAAGAAAGUUUAAUGAAUCCGGUCAAAUCCAGUCAACAGGAAACUAAAUGUAUUAAAAAUGUAUUCAGUUAUACACAAACAUUGAUGGAAUCAAUGUUUUUGAUGUGUAAGGGUUCAAAAUGUGCCCUUGCAGUCAUAAAAAUUUAAACAAUUUAUCAGAUAACCCCACUCAGUCACAGUCGUCUGUUCUACAAGCCUUCAGAGUACCUGAAUGCUAUAGUAACGGUUCCCUCUCUAAUCCCUCUGCUGUCUACCUGAAACCAAAUUAAACUAAAAAAGAACUGA